AUGGCAUUCUGCAUUCUCCCCUCGAUUGCACUCCUAUCUAUGCAGCUGUUUGGCUUCUCGCGUGGUGACAGUCCAGACGCUGCUUUGCCAUCGGAACCAGAUCUUAGUGGCAGAGUCAAGAAAACCUUUACUAUAGAAGAAUAUGAGGGCUGGUCAAUGUGGAUGGAAGAGGAAAUAGGAUACAAGGUAUUCGUUCAAAGAGCAACAUGGGAGCAGGCAGAACAAAUCUGUCAGGAACACUACGCACACUUGUCUUCCGUUAUGUCGGAAGAAGAAAAUAAUGUAAUA